AUGACAGGCACAGAAGGAAUGGUCCAACCUGAUUUGAAUGCUGAAGGUGGUUCUGUUGGCAUCGUCGUCAAGGAUGAAUCGACACAGUCAGUUCCUCCUGAGAAUAAAGCCCUCACUCCAACUCCAAUUGAAGCAAGAGUCAGCAGAUCCAAUAAUAUUGUUCUAAUUCCUCCGCUGGGAGUGGUGGAUACUGAGCUAGCAUAUCAGCAAAGGCUUAAUCGUCCAUUCAAGGUGGUUCAAAGUCUUCCGUUGUCUGUUAAAGAACCAGAUUAUUCGCUGUUGGAUCACAAGUUAUCAAUCAAAGAUAGCGGAACUCUCUACAAUUCACUUCUAGUAUCUAGGCAUAAUUGGCUGCACAACUUUUUCCAUAUUUGUUGGUCCAGAAGGGAUCAGUAUGUUAGUAUAUCCAGUGAUAGAAAGCGAGACAAAAUGAGUAAACUAUGUGACGUUAAGCUGGAAUGUGGCCCACAUCUUCUUGAUGCUAAACUAUUCAUAUUGAAAGAUGAAGAAAUAGAGAAGAAGCAUCAAGAUGAAGUACAAAUGAAGCGUGAAGAAAGGCAGAAGAGGAAGGAAGAGCGUGAGCGCGAUAGAUUGGAACACGAAAGAGAAAGACAGCAGAGAGAGAAGCUACAAGAGAUCCAACCCGAGAGAGCAUUACAACUACAGAGAGAGCAGAUGGUGAGAAUGCAACAGCAAGCGGAUACUUGUCAUGGAGAUAAUUCAAAGACUGUGACUCCGGGCAGUGCUCCUAGGGUUUCGCUUUCAUCUACUUCUACUCUCACUCCUACUUCUGCUCUUACUUCUGUUCCUACUACCGCUACUGUUCCUGCUCCUACUAGUGCUCCUACUUCUGCUCCUACUUCUACUUCUGCCCCUAAUUCUACUUCUGCAUCAUCACUUGCUAAGCCUUCUGGUUCUUUUCCAAAGUCUGUUCCCGCCAAGACGAGCAACGAUAUUAUGGCAAACCCUGAAAACGCUAUAAUGAUCCAUAAUUUGAACAGUAUGGCGCGAAAAGACUCACAUUUGAGUACUUUGAUGCAAACAGUAGCAUCUGGGCAUGCUGGAAAGGAACAAAUUACGGAGUUUCAGGGGUUUAUAAGGAAGGCAAGAGAGAUGGGAGAUGUUGAUGGAUAUCUAAAGAAGUAUGAGGCAGAAAGGCUGAAUAAAUAUGGCAGCAAAAACUUGAAGGAAAAUAAGCAAAAGCUGAGAGAAGAGAAGCAAAGGAGGAAGAUGCAGGAAAAAGCUGAGAAAGAUCGAAUGAAGUUGCUGGAGAAAGAGCAUAGAGAGCGAUUGAAAGAGUUGAAGAGGCAGCAGAAGAUGGAAGAGAAAUUGAGAGAAAGGGAGUACAAAGAGAAAGAAAGAGAAGCAAGAGAAAGAGAUAAAAUGGAGAAGAAAGAAAGAAAAGAAAGGGAAAGGAUAGAAAAGCUGCAACGAAAGGAGGAAAGAGAAAGGGAGAGACUUCUGAAGCGGGAAAUGAGUGUGGAAAGGGAGAAAGAGAUGGAAACGUUGAAGCAGUUAGAGGAGGAAAGGGAGAGAAAGGAAGCACUUGAAGGUAAGCUUACUUCAUUUCAAAAAAGGUAUGCAGAGGGAGCUACAUUAGUGUUUGAGUUCUAUGAAAACACAUCUGCCAGAUUUUACAUUCCUCGUGAUGCCGUGAUGGAAAUUAUAAAUGAUGAGGAGGUGGAUCCCACUUCUGUUCAAGGUAUCACCAGGAAAAGGCCAUAUGUUGAUAUACUCAUGUCGGUUGUGCUGGUACACAAUCAGGUUGAGAUUGAUUUAUGGGAGGAAAAGAAGAGAUUGAAGGAGGAAGAGGUUGCUACCAAACAAAAGGAGAAAGAAGAAAAAGAGAAAGCUGAUGAAGCUGCAAAGGAUGAUGUCAAUAAAGUACAAUCCAAAAAACGGAGGCGAAAGACGAAGUGGGGACCUUCCAAGCGGAGAACUCGAAACUCUGUCAGGCAGGAACGUGAAAAGGAAAUACGAAAGGAAGCAGAAUUGACAUAUGCCUCUGAUGGUGAGGGAGAGGAAGGUUUAGAUGCAAAGCCUACUCCUGUUUUUUCAACAACUACUGUAACAUUGAAGGGAAUUCCUGCAAAGUUUGCUGAUUUAGUGAAGAAAAGUGGGGAUGUCCCAGAAGAAUCGGUGUCGAGAAUGAAAGAGAUUAUGGAAACUGGACAAAGAAUAGAUAAGCAGCAUGUGUGGUAUCAUUUGGAUGGUAUUAAGGAUGAAUUAUUGUCAGAGACUCUAAGAUUCAACUUGAAUAGGUUGGACUAUGUUAAUGGAGGAGGUAAAUUGAAGGGAAGAGCCAUGUUGAAGAAGAUUGUUGAAAGAACAGGUUCGGAGGCAGAGGUUAAAAUAAGAAGACAGAGACGAAAGUAA